AUGUAUAUCUACGUCCACCCACAUCAGAUCAACCUGGACCCGAAAGUUUUCCGAGUGUUCUUUGCAAGGAGAGGGAUUGAAGAGUAUUUUGGGGGGUUUUUUGGAAGAUGAAUCUUGGAAAAAAGGGGUUUCUUGUACAAUCAGAAGUUUAUUCCGGCACAUUUUUUCAAUCAAACUUACCAGGGAAUGGUCUCCAGUCGCAGUGGGACCCCUGAAUGAGACCAAGUUCACUAGAUGUAGUUUUUGACGCUGAUUCCAAAACUGGUCUCUACAUCUGAUAAACUUGGUCUUAUUCAGGGGUCCCACUAUGACCGGAGACCAUUUCCUGGUAAGUUAGAGACGUUGGAUUUGUGUUUUAUUCAAAGAAUCUCAAUUCAUUUCAAGAACGGAGCUUAAUUUUGCUCUCUGAUCUCAAGGAAGAAAACUUUGAAAAUUAAAAAAAAAGUUUCGAGCCCUAAAUAGUUCAUUUUGCACCAAAUCUGAGUUGAACCAAAAUGGACUUUUUCAAGGUUUUUUCUUAUUAUUGUUGACAACAAUCUCUAGAGAAUACCUCGAGUUUAUUUAAACAAGUUAUAAAUUCAUUUUAUUUAAAAAAGACUGACACAAAAAUUUUUUUGAGUUUGAAUUUUUUUAAUGAAUAAAUGUUGAAUUUCUGAAAAAAAGCAUAGAAAAAAAUUGAAUGGAAAGAUGAUCAAAGCGAAAUUUACGAAAUCUAACCUAACGUCGGGCAUUUUUUUGACCUUGAGUUUUGAGGCAUCUCUUGAGAAUUUGAGAAAGUACGGUUUUUAGAAAAUUUCAAGAUAAACUGUAACAGAAUUAACUUGGAGUUUGAAAAAAACAGCUUCAGGGAGAUUUUUUUCGAAAAUUUUUUUCUUUUAUUUCUCUCGAAAAUUCUUAUUCCGUUACAUUUCAUUUUCAAAUUGUCCAAUAACCGUCCUCCCUCAAACUUUCAAGAUAUGCCCGAAACUCAAGGUCAAAAAAAAAUUGCACCACGUUAUGUAAGAUUUCGUGAACUUUUCUUCAAUCAGCUUUUUAUUUAAUUUUUCUAUACUCCAUCAAGUACCACCUCUACGCGGUGAUGGGGAGGCAACGUCAUCUCAUAUGGCGGCGAACGGUACACCGGUCACGCAGUUCGCUCUGCUUAGGCUAAUAGAACGGGCGGUCCUCCUAGCCCUGGCAAGGCAACGAGGAUAACCAGGCCACAAAAACGCUACGACACGUUCAACACCGCUGCCCCAGUCCUCCGCCCGUCGGUCAUGCGCCUCUCAGGUAUCGGGGGCUGCCUCUGCCGACGAGGGGCGAUCUAAUCACGGAGUACCAGGAUACCAAAGAAACGGAAAACGGACGCGCCACGGUGACUGUCUGCGAUUCGGAACCCUCAACUGCCGUACGCUUGCAAACGAUACAGCGAUCGAACAACUACUAACGGCAAACCGAAAAAGCAAACAUCGACAUAUUGGCGCUCCAGGAAACGAAAUCUCGGAAGACCAGCUGCGACAAGACGAAGAACGGAGAGCUUCUCAUCCUUGGAGAGAAAGUAAACGGAAAAGAACAUCGGAGGGAUCGGCUUCCUCAUCAACGAGUCUGUCCAGUCAGCUGUCGACUCCUUCGAAAUCGUCAACGCCCGGCUCGGCAUUCUUCGCCUCGACUUUGGAAAUAAAGGAAAGAUAG